GAAGCGCCUCACAUCAGACCAGAAGCUGCAUCCACUUUCUGCGUCUGCUUUGUUAGAGAAUACAGAAACAAGCUAUCAGAAAUUCUAUUGGAAUUUGGAAAAUGCUUGAAUAUCAGGAGUCCGGAGCGAAAACAACACCAGGUCAUCGGAUUUCAUUUUCGAUUAUUGACAUAUUGGAUCCUAAAAAGUUCACAAGUAAAAAAUCACAUGAUGUGUCGGAGAAAGAACGGGCAUCAUCUUCAGAAAGCACAGAAUUUGGAAGUUUAGAGGAAAGUCCUGAGCACGAAGGAUCGUUUUCCAGCUCCAAAAAUAAAGCUGAUGAGCACCAAGGUUGCGUCAGGCUCCAUCCUCCUGAUCCAGAUGUUGACUUGGACUCAUCAGCCUCGCUCAGAAAUGUAAGAUCGGGCUUUUCUCCUUCUGAAGAACCGGAUGAGGCAGAUGAAGAGAGAAUGAGUCCAGCGCCGGAUGACGUGUCGCGUCAGCGGCGGCGACGCUCUGAUCACAGCUGCGCGAAGCCGCGGCGCGCCAGAACCGCGUUCACAUACGAACAGCUGGUGGCUCUGGAGAACAAAUUCCGCGCAACGCGUUAUUUAUCCGUUUGCGAGCGACUAAAUCUCGCGCUCUCUCUGAGCCUGACCGAAACCCAAGUCAAGAUUUGGUUCCAGAACCGAAGGACCAAGUGGAAAAAGCAAAACCCUGGCGCAGAGAGUUCCCUGCAACCCGGCACGAACAUCAGCCAGACCUGUGGGUCCACAUCUGCCCUCCACCCGCCAUUCAGCACCGGGAACGUCAUCUUUCAUUCUGGUCCAGUGCACCUGGCAUCUUCCGGUGGGCUUUUGCAUCCGUUUUUGCCCGAUGGCUUUCUCCAACCAGCAUUCUUCCCCCCUCACUUAUGA